AUGGCCGACCCCGAGAUGGACGAAUUCGCACAGACCCGCGGCGACGACGACCUCUUCGACGACGAGAUCAUCCCCGUCUCCGCGCCGGAACCACAGAAACAACCGGAUGUCAUUGCCCCCAAACCAGAGCCAGCUCCAGCUCCAGUACCCGAGCCAAAAGAGACAUCUGAGAAGCCAGCUGCUGAGAAGCCAAUUCCACGUGGGGAAACUCCGCAGCGCGGCCGUGGCGGAGAAAGAGGUCGGGGACGACGGAGUCGGGGGAAAGGCGGACGCGGUGGGAAGGAUUCUGAUUCAAAGAAGCCGGAAGGUUCUCAGCGGCGCAAAGCUUCUGUCCCUGUUACCGAGGCCGAAUCCCAGGGAGAUGCGGGUGCCUCGAAGUCUGAGAAGGUCACAGAGGGGUCCAAUGAACAAGCUGUGGAAGUUAAAGAAGGCGAUGCUGAAUCCAAUGGCGCUGAGGCCCAGCGGGUACCGGCAGUCCGCGGUGAUCGAAGUGCCACGGGUGGCUUGAGAAAGCCGAAACUCACCGAAGAGGAGCUGUCCAAACGUAUCGCUGCCGCCAAGGAAAAUGCCGUCAAGAAAGCUGCGGCUCAUGCUCGUGCAGAGGCUGACCAAGCGUCAUUUGUGGAGCGCGAGCAGGUUGCAGCCAAGAAACGUCGGGAGGAACUUGCACACCGCCGCGUGAUGGACAAUGAACGUGAACAGAACAGGCAACGAAAGCUCAAGGCUCAAACUGGGCGUGAGUGGGAUUCGCAGAAACGCGAGGAGGAUUACAAUCCCCGGGGUGGGGGCAGCCAAUUCCGCCGAGGAAUGCACGGCGGUGUAUCUGGCUAUGCACGACGAGACUUUGACGAUGGUCGCGCAGAAGAGACACCCGAUCACGCUGAUAGCCAAAGAGGUCGUGGUCGAGGUGGCCGAGGCGGUCGUGGCCGCGGCUCUCCGCGUGAGCCUCGGGGAGAGAGGCCUGGCAAGGGUUUGUCAGACAGUAAAUAUGCAACACCAAGUCCUGCCGCGCCAGCGCUGGAUAAGAGUGAUUUCCCCGCCCUGCCUGAAGGAACCAAGAAGCCAGAGACGAAACCUGAGACCACUAAGAUUGAGACUACUGUGGCACCUGCUACUGCACCUGCACCUUCAAAGUCACCAGCUACUUUGGAAAAGCUUGAUUCUACAUUUUCGCCGAUCACUGGAACUUGGGCUGACCAGUUUGAGGAUGAUGAGUAA